AUGCCUCCGCGAGAAGCGAGGCUGAAGUUCCAAGCCGACUUCAAGCUAGCGGCCGAAAGAAACGAUGACCAUAUAUCAGCCAUCAAGAAGGGGGAUGCCGAAGAUGAAUUCACGUUCGUGUUUAGCCAUCCUAACCUGCCUAAACCCUCUCACGUUGAGAUCCGUGUCCACCCACAAGAUGUGCAAGGUUAUCCAGACCAGAACACUUUCCUCGUCUACACUAAUGAUGAUACACUUCCAAUAGUUGCCCAUGUUCUAGAGGAAUCCAUAUCCGAGGCAGCGGGUAUGAAAGUACAAGACAUGCUUAGCAACAUCUCUCGAAGACUUCGGGCUGUCCUAGAGCGUGACGGCUCCGAGGAAGAAGAUACAGAUAUCGACAUGACGGAUGAUGCAGUAUUAUCAGACAGCAGUGAGGGAGAUGUGCCCUUUGAAUAUGGUGACGAUCUCGACGACGAGCUGUUUGGUGAUGGAACAGGAAAAAAGAACAGGCCACAUCUUCAAUUUGAGCCUGACGCGCCACUUGCACCGUUGCUUCUGCAGCGAAUCCGCCGAGAUCUUCGGUCUGUGCUCAAGGCAGGAUUUCACGUGGGGAAGAUUUGUGGAUUUGAGGACGGCAUAUAUGAAAGCAUGAUAUCAAUAUCAAUUCGGGUGACCAAAUUAUGUCUUUCUAAGGAGACACACGAAGCAUGGGGUCUUAGCUCUUCAGACUUCAUCGUUCUACUCAUCAAAUUUGACCGAUAUUACACUACUAUCGAAGACGUACUUCAGAGCCAAGCUGGACAUGCCAGAGCGAAAUUUCGUCUAAGAAGGUGUUCUAAAAAGAAACCUUCAUAUCAACAAGCCAUAGCUGCUUUUAGAACUGAGGCGACUGCGAAUGACGUAUCACAAGACCCAGAACUACAUACAUUUUGGGUCAGCAAGUCGAUCGACGAGUUCAUGAACGCAGACUUCGCGCCAAUGUUGAAGCUGAGGAAAGAACGUGGCGUUUCCUGGGAUGUGGCGAAGGAAAUAAAACGGAUGCAUGAAAUGAAGUCGUUCUCAGGGCUGCAACCAUCAUCCAAAGGCGUAGAGGCCGCGGAACACGAAGAGGAAUCCAUUAAUAAAGCUCAGUUGCCUCCUAUUCUCGCUAAUGAUCACAUGCUAAGUGACGGCGAGGUAUCUUUGCCACUCGUUGCCAUACAGUUUGCCUUGCGCUACCUAGUUAGAUGUACAGACUACUGUACAGUCUGCCAUCGCAGAAUGAAAGGAAACUUUGAGGCUCUGAGACCGUAUGUCUGCAACGAACCCCUCUGUCUUCACCAGUACAUGAACAUAGGCUUCGGCCCAGACGUAGAUCAUGAGGUCCUGAGCCAACCUAAAGUUGUCGACCUCCUAGUUAGCUUCUGCUAUACUAGUCUGUUUGAUUCAUUGACGGCAGGGAAUCCUGUCAUGCGGGAGUUUCCCACAGGGUUAAACUUACAAGUGCCGAAGAUACUAGGAGCCUACACAUCUGCACGUUCUAAUCAAGAUCCUCUCGCGCUCUCGAGUAAAAGACAAUUGUCUGGAAAUGCAACGCCCCGCAUCGUACCUGUACAUGGGGGAAAACUUAUAGACCCUUUGGACGUGAUAUUUAAUUUGGCCGAUUCUACCGCUACAAUAAUUAGUAAGUUAGACGGCGUUACUAUUAAAGAAGGCCAAUGGGUGAUUAUCUCGACCGAGGUCCCCGCCAGUCUCGAGAUGGAGACGAAACCCAUGACUGUGCUGCACCAUGUUCGUAUCGUAUACAAGUAUGGGGUUUCGCUACAGCUCGAGAUUAUGGUACAACAUACAUUACCUCAUUACAAUACCUCUGAGUUGUUAGGAUUUGGCCUAGUUGAUGGUCAGACCAUCCGCUCUCACAUAGGGGAUAUCGUACCAGGCCAUCUUAUAUUCUGCGAUGCAGAUUUAGACGAUAUCCAAAGCGUGCACGACAAGGCUUUCUCCAUGCUAAUCAUACUUACUACCUUCCCUUCGGUCGCAGACAUGAAGCAGUAUUUAAUGGACAAUAAACAGCUGUUCAAGUGGAACAGAAUGCCACGGGCAGCCGUGGAUCUACUAAGAUGGAUUAUGGCUUCAAAUAGGUCAUAUAUCGUACAGGUAGACGAUGAAUGUCCUACGGAUGCUGGGGCAGUUCCACACCCCGAGAAGAUUUAUGGCGUUGAUGGUUGGAUCCAAUUCAGAUUCGCCCAAGGGUCUUUAGAGAAGGAAAACCGCUUCAACGAGGUCCUGAAGAGUAUUAAUAAACCCCAGAAGACCCUUGUUGCUUGGCACGGGAGCAAGCUUGGGAACUGGCAUAGUAUUAUUCGCCAGGGUCUGAACUAUAACGUCACCGCAAAUGGUCGAAGUUAUGGGGACGGUAUCUAUUUUGCCAGGCAGUUUGAUGCUAGCUUUGGCUAUACGGGUACGAAUACUAAAUCUUCAGUUAUAUGGCCUAACUCUUCCCUGAGGAUUCGGGCCGUCGUCAGCUUAAACGAGCUUGUCAAUCUGCCUGAGCAGUUUCAAAGCAACAAUCCUUUCUUUGUGAUACAACACUGUCAUUGGACUCAGUGUAGGUACCUUUUCGUUCGCCCUACAUCAGCGGCGGAUCGGAACGAUUCUGGGAAUGCGGCUGGGAUCCUUGCUAGACAAGCCAGGCCUUUGGCCAACCUUCAAUCUUCACACAUCAGCGAGAAGGCGCCUCCUGGAGUGUCAGAGUUCAUACAAGAUCCGAAAUGGCGCAUUUUGGGUCCUUGGAAUAAAAUUAUGUUUAUUCCAAGAUGUGCUAUACCUUCAGCGCAAUAUAGAUGCAAUACUUCGACGGUAUCACUGGUGGAUAAUAUAGGGGGGCCAGAGAAUCCCGAGAUGGUCAGCAGCGACGAAGAUGAAGAGGACAUCUUGUUCCUCUCCCCAAAGGAAGGCGUCUCUUAUAAGGACCAGAUAUAUAAAACUGAUUUUCGCCCUGGAACGCUUGAUUUCGCUACUCUUCCACAACUAGCGCCUCCAUCAUACGCAACCAAGGCUGCUCAAAGGGCUCUCGGGCAGGAGAUCAAGAAGCUAGAGAAGGUACAAUCCACAACACCUCUUCAUGAAUUAGGUUGGUAUAUCGACUUUGAAAAGAUCAACAAUAUGUUCCAAUGGAUCGUGGAGCUGCACUCCUUCGACUCUGACCUCCCAUUAGCGCAGGACAUGAAGGUGGCUGGUCUAACUAGCAUCGUCCUUGAGAUCCGCUUUCUCCGCGAAUUCCCCAUGUCCCCGCCAUUUGUUCGCGUAGUUCGCCCCCGUUUUCUUCCAUUCUCUAGCGGUGGAGGUGGCCAUGUCACGGCGGGUGGAGCUAUGUGUAUGGAGCUUCUAACAAACACGGGCUGGUCACCGGCAAACAGUUUAGAAAACGUUCUCUUACAAGUACGCUUAGCUAUCUGCAAUACGGAUCCCAACCCAGCACGCCUGCUCAAUAUAAAACAGAGCCGGAUGGACUACAGUAUCUUCGAAGCGUUGGAGGCAUACAUUCGGGCCGCAAAUACACACGGAUGGGAUGUGCCUAAAGACCUGCGAGAAGCAUCUGCUUCCAGAUUUGCUUAAUGGGUAGAUCUUGGUCUAAGUAUAAGAUAUUUACUAAACCGAAUACUUCAAGCCAACUUCAAGGCACUGUAUCAACAGGAGUCGAUAUUCACUCGUAGGGUGCCGUAGGUCGGAUAUCUCAUGUUUCUCUUUAAGCCUUGAUCCACCAGACUACCUUAGGCAUCAGUCUUACUUCAGGGUAAUUUGCUUCAUACACUGCCUACUAUAUAUGAGAGCUUGGCCGGCUUUUGAUCAACGACGUAGACAGCUAAUUCUAUAAGGCUUAUAGCCUAGCAUCUAGCCACGUAGUCGUUGCCUACCGACUAGUACUUAGCCGCACAGGAAACCGAAUUCACGAUAGCACUUCCUUGUAUUUAAGGGGUAGUUUCCUAGUUAGUCCAUAGAGACC